GCGCUCUCCGCUAGGUCUCAUCAAAACACUUUCUGCUCUCUACUACUGCUUCGUUUGAAUCUAAUUUUUUUAUCGCUAUCGUCGUCAUGGGUUCUGGGAAGAAGAUCAAGAUCGGAAUCAAUGGAUUUGGAAGAAUCGGCCGUUUGGUUGCUAGGGUUGCCCUUCAGAGGAACGAUGUUGAGCUUGUUGCUGUUAACGAUCCGUUCAUCUCUGUUGAUUACAUGACUUAUAUGUUCAAGUACGACAGUGUUCACGGUCAGUGGAAGCACCAUGAAUUGAAGGUCAAGGAUGAAAAGACCCUUCUCUUCGGCGAGAGGCCCGUCAGAGUUUUUGGAAUUAGGAACCCGGAGGAUAUCCCAUGGGCUGAGACCGGAGCUGAGUUCGUUGUUGAGUCUACUGGUGUGUUCACCGAUAAGGACAAGGCUGCUGCUCACUUGAAGGGUGGCGCAAAAAAGGUUGUCAUCUCUGCUCCUAGCAAGGAUGCACCCAUGUUUGUUGUUGGUGUGAACGAGAAGGAAUACAAGCCAGAACUUGAUAUUGUUUCCAACGCUAGCUGCACCACCAACUGCCUUGCUCCCCUUGCUAAGGUUAUCCAUGACAGGUUUGGCAUUGUUGAGGGUCUUAUGACCACAGUCCACUCAAUCACCGCCACACAGAAGACUGUUGAUGGACCAUCAAUGAAGGACUGGAGAGGUGGCAGAGCCGCUUCCUUCAACAUCAUUCCUAGUAGCACUGGUGCUGCCAAGGCAGUUGGAAAAGUUCUUCCUGCCCUUAAUGGUAAAUUGACUGGAAUGUCCUUCCGUGUUCCAACUGUGGAUGUUUCAGUUGUUGAUCUCACAGUUAGGCUUCAGAAGGAUGCAACUUAUGAGGACAUCAAAUGUGCUAUCAAGGAGGAGUCUGAGGGCAAGCUUAAGGGAAUUUUGGGCUACACUGAAGAAGAUGUUGUGUCCACAGACUUUGUUGGUGACAGCAGGUCAAGCAUUUUUGAUGCCAAGGCUGGUAUUGCUUUGAACAAAAACUUUGUCAAACUUGUCUCCUGGUAUGACAAUGAGUGGGGUUACAGCUCCCGUGUGGUUGACUUGAUUGUCCAUAUGGCUUCUGUCCAAGCUUGUAGCUAGACUGCUUCAAGGCGACUUACAUUUUCAUGCAUGAGUCUGAGUUUUAGACUUUAUGUUUCCGAAUGUUCUGCAGUUCGAAUAAAACAUGCAUGACUGUUUAUGUUUUUUCAUGUCUGUCUAAUGUUUCCGUGCUGUUUUUGCCUUGAUAUCAAAGUUGUAGGGGAACAAAUUUUACCAGUUCAAUCGAAGUAAAAACGAUGGUUCUAU